GGAUUGUGACAUCAGGUGCAAUCCUGUGCCGAUCUCGUCCAAAAGCCUCAAGCCGGGAUCAGGCCGGAUGAGGAGCAGUGGGACGGCUCCAUUCAGGCAGUGCACAGACGCAGCGGGGCCGCAGGAAGUCACAGCCCAGGAGCUCCUAGGAGCCAACGCGUUUCUCUGUUUGUCCUUGGUCCCAACAUUCAACAGCCAAGAUGGCUCGAGAUAUGUCGGAUAAAGAGAUCUUGAAGAUGGAGUUGGACCAGCUGAAGAAAGAAGUUAGCACACCCAGGACCCCAGUGGCUGCAAACUGCACGGACACCAUUGCUUUUGUUGAAGGGCUGCUUCCGAACGACCCGCUCAUUAAGGGCGUCCCAGAUGACAAGAACCCCUACAAGGGAGACAAGGGAGGCUGCGUAGUGACAUAGCGCUCGGGGAAAUCACACUAUUUUUUAUGAGGCAGUUACAUUCACGCAAUGUUCCUGUAGAACGUAUGUGGAGAAAUGAACAGUAGUAAGAAAUGUGUAAUGCUACUAGGAGCGAGAAACCUGUUGAUAUAAAUUUAUUAUUAAAUGCAAAUAGUUGCAAAAAGCUUUGACCUGA